AUGAAACUAUUGUAUGUUAUUUCUUUAUUAUUUUUGACUGUUAAUGGGUCAAAUAUUUGUAAUAGAAUUCCAUGUUCCCCAACUAGAUUGUAUGCUGAUAUUGUUUCAAUUAUUGACUCCAGUUCUUCAAUGGAUAAUGGUCUUUUUGAUGGUGUGAAACAAUUUUUAACUGAUAUUGCUUCUAAUGUUACUCUUGGUAGUAAUGAAGAUAAUACACAAAUGGCUUUUUAUACUUUUUCAAAAGAUGGUAAAAGUUAUGGAACAUUGAAAAAUGGAAAUAAUAACAAUAGUGUUCUUAGUACUAUUAAUAGUUUAACAUUAGAUGACUAUGCUGAUAGAUCAAUUGAUCAAGCUUUAAGUCUUGAAGAAGAUGAAGUUACUACUGGAAAUGGUUUACGUCAAAAGGCAAAAAAAAUUCUUAUUAUAUUUUCUGGAAAUAGUUUUACAGGUGUAAUGCCAUCUACAAAUAAUAUUCUUGGAAAAUUACAAUCUAAGUAUGAUCAUAUCAUUGCUAUUGGUGUUGGUUAUGAUGGAGUUAAAAAUAAUUAUGAUGAAUUACAUAAUAUUGCUGGUGAUAGCUCUCAACUUUUCUUUACCCCAUCACCAGAUCAAUUACGUUUUAUUUAUCCAGCUGUAUUACAAACCGGAUGUUCAAAUUAUAUGCCAGCAAUAACAACUCCAAAACCAACAACAGCACCAACUCAAGCACCAUCUGUAUCAUGCCAAGUUUCAUCACUUUCCUAUGAUAUUUACCUCUUAAUUGAUAAUAGUAAUAAUCUUAAUAGUGAUACAUUUGGAUUAAUUAAGAAGCAAUUAUAUAAUUUCAUUUCUCCUUAUUCAAUUGGAACAUCAACACAAGUAGCAGUCUUUGGUAUUGCAAUUAAUACACAAGAAUACUAUACAUCAUUUGAAAACUCCCAGAUGCCUGUUUAUGUUACAAGUGCUAUUAAUAAUAUGGCUCAAGAAUCAAAUAAUGGACAAGCUAUUGCAUUAUCAUUAAAUGUUAUUCAAAAUAAUAUCUUUAAAAAAAUUGGAAAAAAUGGAAAAUCACAAUUAAUUGUUUAUGUUACAGAUAAUACUAACUUUGACUCUGAUCCAACAAAUAUUCUUUCCUCUUUAACUAAUCAAUAUGGAGUCAAAAGACUUGUUAUAAGAACAGAUGUAAAUGCUAGUAUGGAUACAUUAACUAGAUUUUCUGGAGCACAAAAUUGUGUAUAUGAUGUAUCAACUCAAGGAACAUCUGGAGUAGCAGCAUGGCUUCAAGAUGCAACUUGCCGAAAAAAUUUCUGUGUUUAA